CUCAAAAUGUCUUUUACGAAUUUGUAGUGAUGGUGGCUGGCUUCCUCGCAAACUAACCGUCGUAAAUUACAAGUAAUUUAUAAAUUUUAAUAUAAUUUUGGUCGUCUUACGAUCAAAACAAUAGUGACUUUAGUGCUCAAGGAGUUUUACUACUAAACGCAAUGAGUUCCAGUGUAUGCUACAAGUGCAAUAGGGCCGGCCACUUCGCCCGCGAGUGCACGCAGGGCGGUGUGGCGACACGCGACGCUGGCUUCAGCCGUCAACGCGAGAAGUGCUUCAAAUGUAACCGCACUGGCCACUUCGCGAGGGACUGCAAGGAGGAGGCCGACCGUUGCUACAGAUGUAACGGCACAGGACACAUAGCGCGCGAAUGCACGCAAAGCCCUGACGAGCCGUCGUGCUACAACUGCAACAAGACUGGCCACAUCGCGCGGAACUGCCCCGAGGGCGGGCGCGACAACUCGAGCCAGACGUGCUACAACUGCAACAAGGCCGGGCACAUCUCACGCAACUGCCCGGACGGCACCAAGACCUGCUACGAGUGCGGGAAGCCGGGACACAUCUCCCGCGACUGCAACGAAGCCGAGCGGAACUAACACACGCCCCGCCGCCAACACUAUAUAUAACUAUGUAUAUUAUGAUGCCACGCACGGACGAUAAGCAAAGGACGCGAUACGCGACACUAGAUCGUAAGACCACACGACUGUAUGAAAUUAUGCAACGGAAUUAUAAA